UUCCAGUUGCCAGUGCCUUCUUCUACACAGAAAUCGAAGAUAGAAUCUUUAGAAAAGUGUUCUCCAGUAAAAUGGAAGAACUCUGGAACAAAUGGGAGCUCCCAGUAAUGGUCUUAUCAAGCCUUCUUCUCCAGUUUGUUCUUGUUCUGUUUGGAAAUCGUAGGAAAUACCAAGGCAAGUGGUCUUCUUAUGUUGCCAUCCUUGUUUGGUCGACAUACCUAUUGGCUGAUUGGGUAGCCACAGUUGUCUUAAGCACACUCCUCAGGUCGGAAAGGAAAGAGCUGAAUAGUGAACUGGUUGUGUUUUGGACGCCAUUCCUGCUCUUGCACCUCGGUGGCCCAGAUACCAUCAGUGCCUACUCCUUACAGGACAACGAGCUUUGGUUGCGGCAUUUACUUGGCCUCAUUAUCCAGGUUGGAGUGGCUGCUUUUGUUUACACAAGGUUUCGAACAAAUUCCACUCUCACUUAUAUGGCCAUUCCUAUAUUCAUUGCUGGAAUUAUCAAGUAUGGAGAAAGGAUUUGGAUUCUCAGGGCUGCAACCAGAAGGCAAUUUAGAAAUUCCAUUUUUUCCACUGUAGAUCAAGCACCAGCUUCCAGCGCACGUCAAGCAUCAGCUUUAACAGUAGAUCACUCAACUACUAAAGUGCCACCACUAUUGGAUAAGUAUUUAGAGAGCAAAAAUGUUAUUAAAGAAGGCAGAUACAUCUACAGAGCAUUUUGCAUGUUUAAGACGUUCACACCACUCUUUUCAGAUCUCAACCUCAAGAUUCCCCCAGAUAUGACGGACAUCUUCAUACUGUUCGAAAAGUCUGCAGAAGAUGCCUUCAGAUUAGUAGAGGUUGAACUAGGGUUCCUGUAUGAUGUGCUCUACACUAAGAAAACUUCAUGGCAACAAUCUAUAGUGGGUAUAAUACUUAAUAGCAUCUGCUUAUUGUCCACUUUUAUGGCACUAAUUGCCUUCUCGAUCGAAGUUGGUAAGAGUGGCUACCCGAAAGUUGACAUAGCCAUAACCUACAUGUUGUUGGGUGGAGCAAUCUUUUUCAAUAUGUACUCAGCCAUUUCAAAAGCCCUCUCGAGCUGGACAAUCCUAUGGUUAACCAUUCCCAGAAGUAGGAUGUCUAAGUUUGUGUCUAAGUUUGUUGUCCAGGAUAUUAUUUCCUGGUUGGUGCAUAGGAAGGAUAAGAAACGAACACUCUACAUGGCGCAACACAGCUUGAUCGGCUAUUGUCUCCAGAGCAAGAAAAACAGAUUGACAUCGAUUGUGAGAUUUAUUGACACUGAAGACAUUUUAGGGAAGCUUGUGUUGACUUCUUGGAAGGAAGUGAAUCAUGAUGUCAGGAACUUCAUCCACCUUCAUCUUUUAGAGAAACAACACAAGUAUAGAUCAAGUGGGUUUCGAUAUGAAGUGCUCCUAGAUUUAUUGAGCAAGAAGGGAGAUGGAGUGCUUAGAGAAAAUGAACUUUUGGAGGAAUUCGAUUGGAGCAUCAAUGGAGUAGAAUUUAACCACUGCCUCCUUAUAUGGCACAUAGCCACAAAUCUUCUUUUUUACCAUGAUCAAGGAAGACAUUCAGAGUUUGGUUCACAUUGCCAAAUUAGCAAGCUCUUAUCUGAUUAUAUGAUGUACCUCCUCUUGGUGCGCCCAAAUAUGCUUCCUGAAGGGAUUGGCGAAUUGAGGAUCCAAGAAACUCGAAAAGAGGUAAAUGGUCUUUUUAUAAACGAGUCAUUAAGCAGGAGUGAAGUUGUUAAUGUUAUGUCUGGCCUCGACUUUGAAUUAGCCAUGGUGAUUCCUCAAAGUCCUAAUAAGUCCAAAUCAGUGAUAGCUGAAGGGUGUCAAUUGUUGCGCGGAUUGCAUGAGUUUGGGCAGUGGGAUCACAAUGACAAAUGGAAACUGAUAGCUGAUGUGUGGAUGGAAAUGCUGGCAUUUACUGCGGGCAAAUGUAAAUGGAGAGAGCAUGCAACACAGCUCAGGCAAGGUGGGGAGUUGCUCACUCACGUAGCCCUUCUCAUGGCACAUCUUGGCUUGACUAAACGAAUCAAGAUAGUGACGGACUAUUCCCACCGGUUAGUUCAUUUUGACAGUGCCCUUCUUGGCUGGAACUGGGAAGAACUUUCUCAGUUGCCUUAUUACCUGGCGUAAAAUCUUAAUUUGCCAGGGAUACAAUAAGCUACUGUUUUCAACGUUAGUUUUAUUAUAUUUUAAAUGAUUAUGUAAUUGUAUUAGGAGGCAAAUAUGGGGGCAAUCAGUUCAGUUACAUAUGAAAAAAUUUAUAAUAAGAUUGUACGAGUGCAAGAACAACUUCAAAGUGUAGACAACUCCAAAUGGAAAGACAGGUAGAGCGUCAGAGUUGCAUCCUAAAAAGCUCUACUUCAGCUUGUACAUUAUCCAGAAUGUUCUUUGGACAAAAGCCAUUUUGCCGCAUCCUCUUCACCACCAUUGCUACUACAUUAGCCAUCUUGUGUAUACAGAUAUCCUAACCCCACAUUUCCAAGUGCCUUCAUCAAAUCCGAUAACCCAGCAUCUUUGCAGUGGGCACUACAUUUGUUGUGACUCCAUACUUUAAUACAUUUGAUUUGUUUCCCAUCAUUAACAUUUUUUUUUCCUAAAACAACAAUCUCUACAUCAGAUGAGCUGAGCUCUAUUUUUGAGCUUCAUUUCCUUCUCCAAAACAGUUGGCCAUUUGAUUUUAAGACUAAAGAAUUACAGGUAAC